CACAAACAGGAGGAACAGUUGUAUGAUAAGGUGCUGCUUUGAAUUCCUCUUGCUGACUGUUAAAGAGUGGACUCACAGCAAAGGGAAAUACUGAAGAGAAACAUGAGCUGAUUAUUCCUUCUAACCACAGAGGUAUGCACCGGCCACAUGGAAUUGGAUGGUCUUGUAUAUUUUGAUGGAUUAUCAGCUGCUGGGGACCUGAGAAUGCCAUUCCCAGACACGGUCAAGUACUGCAUCCUGGGAAUCUCGGUCACUCUUUUUCUGCUGGCGCUGGGUAUCUUGGCAUGGCAGGUAUUCAGGUGCUGCUCACAGACACACGCCACACACACGCAGCAAGAUACUGUAAACGAUGAUCAGCUGUACUCAGAUGAAAAGUCGGGGACAGCGAGAACCUACUCAGGUGCUCCAAGUACCAGGGUGGAGAAUGUCAACACGGAGGUCCGCAGGCUGAGUCGCUGUCUGUCUCAGUCCUCAUUACCUUCCAGGGGAUCCGUACAGGCAGACGGAGAAAUGGAGGAGCAGGCCGACAAUAACAAGGUGAAUGGAUCGUUGCACUUUUCCAUAUAUUAUGACCAACUGCAGUCCCAGCUGGUGGUCACCAUCUUGCAGGUGGAGGGGCUUCUCGAGCAAAACCCUUCGCGCAUCCUACAGCCAUUCGUUAAACUUAGACUCAUGUCGGCAAAUUCAGAAGAAGUGGAAGUUGAAGGAUGUACAGACGAAGAGGGCGAAGGGACUGCACCCGUCCUGUGGAAAGUGCUGCAGGAAUGGCGGACUCGCAUUGUGAAAGGCAGCUGUAACCCUUUAUUUGGAGACCAGUUCAGCUGUCCUCUGCUAGAAGAAAAGGAGCUUCAUCACAUCAACCUCAGGAUGGAGGUGAGGGACUUUGAUAAAUUCUCCAGACACUCAGUGUUAGGGGAGGUGAGGGUUCCUUUAGGGCGGCUCAACAUCUCCUACCCUCUGGAGCUACAAGAAGAUCUAAUGAUACCACAGAAGGAUCUCGUAGGUCAGGUGCUUCUGUCUUUAAAGAUUCUACCCACUUCUCAGAGGCUUGAGGUUGGAUUGCUAAAGGUCAGAACAGCCCCCACUGAAAUAUCCUCUGAUGCAGCCCUGUAUGCUAGGAUCAGUGUGCAGUGCAACCACAGCAAGUUGCGGUAUCAGAAAACCUCUGCAGUGGCACGCUGCCUGGUGACUGUCUUCAAUGAGGUCGUCAUGUUCUCCCUACCAGAGUUUCCUCUGGAGCAGUGUAAAAUAUUGGUUUCUGUGUAUGAAAUGCACACGACCAUGAAAUCCCCCAAAUAUCUGAUUGGACAGUUGAAGGUAGAGAAGAAGAAGAGUGCAGAAGACAAACACUGGAGCAUAAUGAUGCGCUCAGUACGCCAGCCAAUAGCAAAGUGGCACGGCCUUCUGAUCUGACAUAAAGCUCAUAAAUACUCUCCUGUACUUCCUGCCUGUAUUUAACUGCAAAACAUGGUGCUUGUGUUUUUACUUUAUAAAAACCCGCCCCUUUAGGCACUUCCAAUUUAAAAUCAUACGUGUUAAUUAUUCUGUUUUACCACUUACAGCUUUGUCAACAACGAGUUAUAUUUGGGGGACAUUUGCAUAUGAUUGGAUGGUUUUACAGUACCAUAUCCAUCCUCUGCUAGUGGCUGGCAGGAUGAUAUAUUAGAAGGGUCUAAAAUCUCAUAUUUUUCAAAAACUCCGUAUGGUCUCUUGGUAUGCAUAGUUUGGCUAUGAGAAACUACAAAAAGUACCAGAACACAUAGGAUGAAUUGUGAACAUACAUAACAGAAAGAUGGAUAAAGGAGGAUGUCAACAAUCUUCCAGGUGCUGGCAAAAAAUAAUAAGGUAGGUGUCAGGCAGGACCACAGCAACAGGCUCAGCCACAACUCAUGAUACGGAUGUAACCUUUAAUACUGGCAACCGGCCAGGUGAGAGACACAAAACUCCAUGGAUGAUGCCCCUGGGAUAAUGAGUUGCAUACAUAGGACACAAGCGCAUAGACAAUAAAAUGACAGAGAAAGGAAUGUCAAUCAAGAUUUUACCAAGGAUAUAGCCUCACUGGAAGAAAUGCUAAACACACCAGAUUAAUAUUAACAGUAUUAAUACAUUAUUGAAACAAAUUCAAUUAAUUAAUUAAAUAGCAAUCAAUUAAACUGAAAUAAAUUGCCCUUUCCAAAUAGAGCCUGCAUGUUUUAAAUAGAAAUAAACACAUAGUAACAAAUUAACGUUUAAGUGUUCAAUGUGUAACCAGGAAAU